CAAUGCCCCACCAUGAAUUUCAUGUGAAGAAAAAAGUUGAUGGACGAGAAUUCAAGACUGCAACUUACAACAUGAGUUGGCAUUCACGAAUAAGCCAUCUUGAGCCCAGAAGAUGGCGACGAUCGACAUGAGCCUGCAGAGAGAGUCUCUGCUUGGCGAUGCGGCUACAUUACAACUUUUGCCGCGUGAGCUGCUGCUCAUUCUUCAGGACCAUCACUCGACGCAACUGUUCGAUGCAGUCGCCAAUGCAGCGCUCGUCUCCCCGGCCACGGACAGGAUAUUUGCCCAUUUUGAGGCGGCGUUCGCAGACAUUGGUGCCAGAUGGGUCCUAUCUCACCCGAAACUCGACGUGAGAGUUCUCGCGUCGUUUGCCCGCAUUCUACCCUUCGCCCCGUCUCUGUCUGUCUUUCUCAUAUCUCAUCUCCAAGGAGGACCAGGAGCAGGAUUGGGGGCGCGCCUAGGAGGAGUGAUACAGGGUUCCGGUGCGAGAACGCUCGACUUCCUUGAUCUGACAUCCUUUCAAAACACAGAGCUUCGCAUCGCUCUUCUCGCUUUGUGGAGGCUCAACAACUUUGACAAGCGGACGUUCUCACCCUUGUCGAGACCGUCCCAGCUCCAGUCCCUGUUCGACCACGGGGAUCCUACAGUCAGAUACCUCGCCAUCAGGGUGUUCUGUCAACUUCAUGAUGCAUCGGAUCAAAAGCUCGAGGCACUUCUGACCAGGCAUAUCCCGAAGGACACCAGCAUCGUUGCGGAUUUAGACGGGAGGGAGGCUGACUAUGCGUUUCUGAGCCUGUAUGAAGACGCAAGGAAUCAAGAAAUCCGGCGUCUUCGCAGUAGUAUUCAGACAGCGGGGUCUGCUGCUCUUGAGUCAACCCAGCCGCGCAGUCCAAUGCAAAAUCUAACUCCUCUUGUUGUCAAAUAUGGCAAGACAGUCCUCCCUCGGCCCUUGGGCCCUGUGAAUACCCCCAGCACGCUAGCCCUCACACCGACCACCGUUGAGAACCUUGAGAACCUCGCCGGCCUGCUGCAGCAGCCGGGUCCUAUUCUGCUUCAUGGCCGCUCCGGGGCCGGUAAGACGUCGUUGGUCCACGAGAUUGCCAGGGAGCUCGGGAAGCAGAAGGAGAUGGUCACAUUGCACCUCAACGAACAGACCGACGCGAAGAUGUUGCUGGGACUGUACACGACAGACUCGAGGCCUGGCUCUUUCCAGUGGCGCCCGGGCGUGUUGACGACGGCGGCCAAGGAGGGGAGAUGGGUCUUGAUCGAGGAUCUUGACCGCGCGCCGACCGAGGUCAUGAGCACCCUGCUGCCGCUUAUCGAACGCGGAGAACUUCUGAUCCCAGGCCGCGGGGAGAGGAUCCAGGCAUCCGCCGGUUUCCGGGUGUUCGCCACCGUCCGCACCCAGCUCGGCAUGAACGAUAGGGAGAAUCUGCCAAACCUGAUCGGCCUGCGUCUUUGGCAUCUCCUGCAUGUCAAAGCGCUUCCUCGAGACGACCUGGCGGAGGUCAUCAACGGCCGGUACCCGUUGCUGCACAAGUACACGCCCGGCGUGUUGGCCGUGUUCGACCGGCUCAUGGCAUGCACCAGCGGGUCGAGUCGCCUGUCUCUCGGCCGCACAACCCUCGACCGGCCCAUUGGCACGCGAGACCUCCUGAAGUGGUGCAGCAGACUCGAUGAUAUCUUGCGCAGUGCCGGCUUCCAAACGGGCGACGAGCCCAUCACGGACACGACUAGAGAUCGCAUGUUCCUCGAGGCUGUCGACUGCUUCGUCAGCAGCAUGCAUGACCCGUCCUCCCGCAACAUCCUGAUUGCGGCGAUCGCCAAGGAGAUGCUUCUCUCUCCGGAGCGGGUGCAGCACUACCUGACGAGCUACAUCCCGGAGCUGGACGACAGCGAGUCCAGACUGGCGAUUGGGCGUGCCUCGUUCAUCAAGCCGCGACGCUCCAGCCGGGUCAGCAAGUCAAAGCGGCCGUUCGCCACGACGGUCCAUGCCAAGAGGCUGCUUGAGCAGAUAGCCGUCGCCGUCAAGCACCGCGAGCCCCUGCUGCUGGUCGGUGAGACUGGUAUCGGCAAGACAACCGUGGUUCAGCAGCUGGCCGAGUCUCUCGGGCACCAACUGGUCGCAGUCAACCUGUCGCAGCAGAGCGAGGCCGGCGACCUGCUGGGUGGUUUCAAGCCCGUCAGCUCGCAGAGCCUCGCAAUGCCGCUGAAGGAAGAGUUUGAGGAUCUGCUCGAGAAGACGGGUGUUUCGGCCGAGAAGAACAAGGAGUACCUCGAGCGCAUCGCCAAGCGGUUCGCCAAGGGCCGUUGGAAAGAGGUCUCGAAGGAAUGGCGGAAGGCGCCCAAGAUGUUCGAGGCGAUUCUGGCCAAGAUUGAGAGCAGUCAGACGCGUGCGGAGAGCGCGGACGGCCAGCCUGCAAAGCGGCGAAAGACAGAGUCGACCAAGCUGCAGCGCCUGCUGGACCUCAAGCCGCGCUGGGAGAUGUUCUCGCAGAGUCUCGACCAGUUCGAUCGGCAGAUUGCGAGCGGGCCGGCCGGCGUCGCGUUUGCCUUUGUUGAGGGCAAGAUUGUCAAGGCCGCCCGGAACGGCGACUGGGUUCUCCUUGACGAGAUCAACCUGGCUUCUCCUGACACCCUGGAGAGCAUCGCCGGGCUGUUUCAGACUUCUCCCUCUCUCCUUCUCUCCGAGACGGGCGAGAUCGAGAGGAUACAGGCGCACCCGAACUUCCGGGUAUUCGGCGCCAUGAACCCGGCCACUGACGUUGGCAAGCGAGAUCUCCCGCUUGGCUUGCGCUCUCGAUUCACCGAGAUCUACGUCGGGAGCCCGGACCGGGACAAGAAAGACCUUCUGACCAUCAUCAAGACCUACUUGAAAGGGAACAACAGCAGCAUCGACCGGCUGGCCGACGAUGUCGCCGACCUCUACCUGGAGAUCAAGAAGCGAGCGGAGCUCAAGAUACUAGUCGACCAGGCCAACGAGGUGCCUCAUUUCAGCCUGCGCACGCUAACGCGCGUGCUGACCUACGCCAACGACGUGGCCCCGUUCUACGGCCUCGAGCGGGCUCUGUACGAAGGAUUCUGCAUGUGCUUCACGACUCUGCUCAGCGAGGAGUCGGAGCGGACGGUGAUGCCCCUGAUCCAGCAGCAUCUGCUGAAGCGGUCAAACAUCCUCACUCAGCCCCCCAAACGGCCCACGGACGGGCGGAACUAUGUCUCGUUCAAGAACAGGAACAAGGACCACCAGUACUGGCUGCUGCAAGGAAACGAGGUGCCGAAAGAGCGAGAAGACUACAUCAUCACGCCGUACGUCGAGCGGAACCUGCUGAACCUGGUCCGCGCCACAUCCACGCGGAGAUACCCUAUCUUGAUUCAGGGGCCGACGUCGGCGGGCAAGACCAGCAUGAUCGAGUAUCUAGCUAACUACACGGGGAACAAGUUUGUGCGGAUCAACAACCACGAGCACACGGACCUCCAGGAGUACCUCGGCACGUACGUCUCGGACUCGGAGGGCAAGCUCAAGUUCCAGGAAGGCGUCUUGGUGCAGGCCAUGAGGGAGGGAUCGUGGAUCGUGCUGGACGAGCUGAACCUGGCGCCGACCGAUGUGCUCGAAGCGCUCAACCGCCUCCUGGACGACAACCGCGAGCUCCUGAUUCCCGAGACGCAGGAGGUGGUGCGGCCGGCGGAGAACUUCUGUCUGUUCGCGACGCAGAACCCGGCCGGCCUGUACGGCGGGAGAAAGGUGCUGUCGCGGGCCUUCCGCAACCGGUUCCUCGAGCUGCACUUCGACGACAUCCCCGAGAGCGAGCUGGAGACGAUCCUGCAGAAGCGCAGCCGCAACACGGCGCCGUCCGACUGCCGGCGCAUCGUCGCCGUCUACAAGCAGCUGACCCGGCUGCGGCAGGAGAGCCGCGUCUUCGAGCAGAAGAACAGCUUCGCCACGCUGCGCGAUCUGUUCCGCUGGGCGCUGAGGGAGGCCGACACGCGCCAGGAGAUUGCCGAGAACGGUUUCAUGCUGCUCGCCGAGCGGGUGCGCAAGCCGGAGGAGCGCGACGAGGUCAAGAAGGCCAUUGAGGACGUCUUCAAGGUUACCAUCGACCCGGGCCGCCUGUAUGAUCUGGAGACGGCGCCGGAGCUGAGCAAUGUCCGGGCCAGGAACAGCCAGGGCGUCAUCUGGACGCGGGCCAUGCGCCGGCUGUAUGUGCUGGUGAAGCGGGCCAUCAAGAACAACGAGCCGGUCUUGCUGGUUGGCGAGACGGGCUGCGGCAAGACCACGGUCUGUCAGUUGCUGGCCGAGUUUGAGAAGAAGCAGCUGCAUAUCGUCAACGCGCAUCAGAACACCGAGACCGGCGAUCUCAUCGGUUCUCAAAGGCCGGUGAGAAACCGCGGCGCGAUUCUGGACGCGCUGUCCAGGGAUCUGCGGGAAGCCGCCGGCAUCUUGGGCAAGGACCAUGACAAUGACAAGGACAAGGACUCGCACUCGCACUCGCUGGAGGCUCUGCAGGAGUGGUACCGCUCGCUGACCCCCGAGGACCUGGGCAAACUACCGGAAGGCCUCAAGGCGAAAAUCCAUGCGAGCUCGACGCGGAGCAAGGCGCUUUUCGAGUGGAGCGACGGCAGUCUGGUCCAUGCCAUGAAAGAAGGGAGCUACUUCCUGCUCGACGAGAUCUCGCUCGCGGACGACUCGGUGCUCGAGCGCCUCAACUCGGUGCUCGAACCCCACCGCAGCCUGCUACUCGCCGAGAAAGGCAUCACCGACUCGUUCGUCCAAGCCGCCGAGGGCUUCCAGUUCUUCGCCACCAUGAACCCCGGCGGCGACUUCGGCAAGAAGGAGCUCUCGCCGGCCCUGCGCAACCGCUUCACCGAGGUCUGGGUGCCGGCCUUCUCAGAAAUGGACGACGUGCACGACAUUGUGGUCUCCAAGCUCGACAGCCGGUUCAAGCAGGCCAAGAGAAAGCCAGCCAAGCCCGCCUCGCGCAUCAUCGUCGAGUUCGCCGCCUGGUUCGGCAAGACGUUCCGCCCCUCAUCCGCAACGGCAUUCUCGGUGCGCGACAUCCUCGCCUGGGUACAGUUCAUGAACGCCAGCAGCCACUCCCACCCGGUCGAGCUGUCCCUCCUGCACGGCGCAGCCAUGGUCUUCAUCGACACCAUCGGCGCCAACCCGUCCGCGCUCGUGGCCGUCGACCCGCGCGAGAUGGCUGCGCGGCGGCGGCUGUGUCUCGACCAGCUUGGUGCCUUGUGCGGUGUUGACCUGGCCGAGAUGUACUUGCGCGAGCCAAAGGUUACGAUCGACGAGAGGUCGCUCACCAUCGGCGAGUUUAGCAUUGACCGUUCCCCAUCCUUUACCUCCUCUAAUGACGAGUUCGGCGUCCCGACGACGAGGAUGAACGCCAUGCGCGUCGUGCGGGCGCUGCAGGGCGGCGGCUCCAAGCCGAUCCUGCUGGAGGGCAACCCGGGCGUCGGCAAGACCACGCUGGUCACGGCGCUGGCGCGGGCCUGUGGCCGGCCGCUGACCAGGAUCAACCUGUCGGACCAGACCGAUCUGAUGGAUUUGUUUGGCACGGAUGUGCCGGUGGAGGGCGCCGAGGCGGGGAAUUUCGCGUGGCAGAAUGCGCCGUUUCUCGAGGCUAUGCAGAAGGGGGAGUGGGUUCUGCUGGAUGAAAUGAACCUGGCUUCGCAGACGGUGCUGGAAGGUCUGAAUGCCUGCCUUGACCACCGCGGAGAGGUGUACAUUGCCGAACUGGACCAGGUAUUCAAGCGCCACCCCGACUUCCGGCUCUUCGCCGCCCAGAACCCCCAUCACCAGGGCGGCGGCCGGAAGGGGCUGCCCAGUUCCUUCGUCAACCGCUUCAUCGUUGUGUACGCCGAUGUCUUCACCAAGCAGGACCUGCUGCACAUCACGGCCAGGAAGUUUGACAAGAUCGGAGGCAAGACGCAGCAGCAGCUCAUCGAGUUCAUGUCGAGGCUGGACGAAGAGGUGGUUGGUCGGAGGUCGUUUGGCGCGCUCGGCUCGCCGUGGGAGUUCAACCUACGAGACACCCUGCGCUGGGGCGACCUGCUGACUUCGCAGAAUGCGCUGCUGGGCGGGCGGAAGCCGGACGACUACCUGGAUGUGGUUAUCCGCCAGCGUUUCAGGACAGCCCGAGACCGGCAGCAGGUGGACAGGCUGUUCGCCGAGAUCUUUGAGCGAGAGCCCGAGGAGCAUGGGCUCUACCACGAUGUCAACCCCUAUUCCGGCCAGGUCGGGCUUGCGACGCUGAAGCGGAACCCCCUGUCGCAGCCAACGCCCUUUCCCCCGAUCGACCCGGUUCCCCGGCUCAAGGAGAUCGAAUCCGUCAUGCUGGCCAUCGAGCAGGACUUGCCCUGCAUCCUCGUCGGCCCCUCGGGUAGCGGCAAGUCGGCUCUCCUGGCCCAUGUUGCGGCGCUAGCUGGGAAGUCGCUCGUCAUCUUCCCGCUCAACGCGGAUGUGGACGCCAUGGAUCUGAUCGGAGGGUUUGAGCAGGCCGAUCCUCACCGAGAAGUUCAAGCCUGUCUGUCCAGACUCCAGCAGACACUCCAGGACCAGAUCCUGCGCUCUCUGCCGAACCCCAUCCCGGACGCCGUGGUGGACCUGAUGGCUGCUCUCCGCUCCCAGCCAGGCGAGACACGCCAUCACGAGAGCAUCCUGUCUCUCAUCGAGGCUCUGCAAGUCGAUGUGUCGCUGCCGGCGGAGCUCGCCGCGCUGCUCGCCGAGGCCUCUGAAGUACUCCAGAAACCGCCGGCACUGGAGAAGCCGCGCUUCGAGUGGCUCGACGGUGUCAUUGUCCGAGCGGUCGAGACGGGCGCCUGGCUGGUCCUCGACAACGCCAAUUUGUGCAGCGCGUCGGUACUGGACAGGCUCAACUCGCUGCUCGAGCGCCCGAAUGGCAUUCUUAGCAUCAACGAGCACAGCGGUCCGGGCGGCAAGCCGCGCAUCAUCACGCCGCAUCCGGAUUUCAGGGUGUUCUUGACGGUGGACCCGCGCUAUGGCGAGCUCUCGCGCGCGAUGAGGAACCGGUCUAUUGAGAUCUACCUCGACGUCUUGCCAGUGACACCGGCUGCUGCGGAGCGGAUUGCGCCGGUGGACGGGAGCAUGCAGCGGUUCCAUGCUACCGCCCGGAUCUUGGACGAAGCGCCCGAAGAUGAACAACAGAUGGUGGUGCCGCUGGCGUUUGAUGUGCUCUCACUAGGAGACAGCAGCCGCCUGGAUGCGUACUUGCAAGCUGCACCGUCCCUGCUACCCUCGGCCCCUGCUGCCCUCCAGCAUUUGGGCCAGCUGCUAUCCUACAUCCAGUCCGACGACGCUGCGCCCCUGAGACAGUCCAUUGCCAACCUCUACGCCGCGGUGCCCGACAAGAUGCUGAUGCCGCUUCACCCGCUCCUCAACUCGCCCAUGAUUGCGCUCCUGGAACAGGGCAGCCAAGGCUCGGCCUACUGGCUCGCCAGCUGCUACGAGUUCUACCUGCACAUCCGGAGCGCAGAGAACGCGAUGGAGGCGCAGCUCGGCCGAGUCAACGUCAGCAAGCCGUCGUCGAUGAACCGCCUCCAGCGAUCCGGCGUCGCGGACAAAGUCGCCUCCCUCUCGCGCGACUCGACCGUCCAUUCCGUGCGCUUCCUCUCGUCCGUCCUGAGGAUAGUCAAGGCCUUCCUCUGCGAGAAGUCGGAUGGCCCCGAAGAAGGGUGGGAGCAGCGGCGCGCCGUGCUCAGGCGGCUGCUGCUCUUCUGGAAGCGCACGUUCGAGGCGUUGGUCGCCGCGUCGUUCGACGAGGCCCGCUUCCAGGCGCACCUGACCCAGGGUGCCAACCUGCUCCGGCACAGCAUGUCUGCGCUGCAAGAGGAGGAUCACGGUCGCGCACUGCUCAGCACGCUGUCCGCGUACCUCGAGCGUGAUUUUGUGAUCGGGUUUAAGCUGUCGACGGGGCUGAGCAUGGAAGUCCUCUGGCGCCGUCUGCGUCCCGACCCGAUCCCGGAUCUCCGCACGCUGCAGCAGGUGGCCGAAAUGGAGCGGCUCGCGGACCGGUUUGAUGCGCUGCGGUGGCGCGUCGAUGCCCCGCUCGCCAACCUGCGCGCUAUUCAGGAUGCUAUGGCGCGCGUCUACGCCGUCAUUCGGACGGGCAAGGGGGGCGAUGCUGAUGGUUUGGUCAAGGAUCUCGACUCGGAAAUCGCAGCGCUCGAGGGCAAGGUUGGCGAGCAUGCCGGCCCGCACAGUCCGUUCUUUGCCGCAUGCUUUGAGAGUCUGCGGCAGGCGCUGAUCUUGCACCGCACAACCUUCAACAACACGCCACAUCCGGUCCCGUGUGAGAAGGAGGUUGAUGUCCUAGCGUCUAUCCCGACCGCGUCACUCAUGCGCCUCCCUUCCUCUCAAAACAAGGCCAGCACCGGGGCUCUCCAAGCAGUGGACCACAUUCUCGUCCGCGACAGCUCCCCCUCUUCAGAAAGCGACGGCGUCGUGCACCCCUGGUCAGGCGCCCUGUCCAAGACGUUGCUACUGAAGUAUGACGCCGCCUCGUCGGCCAGCCUGCAUGAACUGCGCUCGCUCGAGACCGAGAUGCCGGUCAUGGGCCGGGCGCUGGCUGCUGCGUCGGAGGCGCUGGCCACUCGUGCGUUACCUAAAGUGGAGGAGUUGUUGCUGAGGGCUUUAGAAGAGGUGAUGGUUGCUCAUGACACCCGUUUUGAUCUCGAUCUCGAUUUCGAGGAAGGUGGGGUCUAUAAAGGUUGGGUGAGCGGGGUUUAUGGGUUACUACUGGUACGGAUUGAGGCCGUGCCGAGGGGGGAUGAGCUGGCGCUGUGGCUAGAUCAACAUGUCGAUCUAGUUCAACCGCUGCCUACUUAUGACCAACAUCGGCAUCUUGGGGAGGCAUUCGGGAAACACUUCGCCAGGACGUUACUCGCCUUAGCGUUGUCGGCAAGGGGCUUCCAACCCCGCUCGACAACCACCGCCCUCGCGUGGGUGCACUUCGCCCUCGGCUGCAUCGAGCUGUAUGUGCCCGACAAGCCGUUCGACCCGCACCACCGCGCCCAGGUCGAGGCCGACGAGCACCGCGAGCUGUACCACUCUCUACAGCGACAGAUUGCUGCCCUCGAAGCCUUCGAGCGCGCCUUCACCGGCCAGCAGCAGCACAAACAAACCAGCAUCCGCGCCCGGCUGCUUGUCGAAGAAGCGCAGGGCCUGGGUGAGCCGCCGGCGGUGCAGCAGAUCUAUCGGCCUGGCGGCGGCGAGUUGAGGAGCCUGCAGGGCGAGUUUAGCAAUGUGCUGAACUCGCUGCUUGUUGGGGGGAACGACGUUGCCGGUACGCUUUUGCGAAGCUCGUUGUCUGGAGGGCAAGGCGAAGCGGCCAAGGAACUGGCGCUUGUUGAGCAGAAUGUCACGCUGUUGAUUGCGCGUCUGACCACCAGGUUUGGCGCCUAUCAGGACUUGACUAUGCCGCUGGUCAGUUUUCUGCGGUGUUUGAGGAUGGGCUUGUCGCUUGGCAGGGGGGUAGGCUCAAAGAAAGAGGAGCAGGAGAGCGGUGACGCGCAGGCUCUGGUUGGCGUCACGCCGUUCCUGGGCGGCACGGUCUGGAAGGCUGAUGAUGGCAUCACGCCUCUGCCGAUCCGCACGCUCGAGUUCCUCUCGUUUGUGCAGGCUGUUGCCGCGGUCGAGGGCCUCGACAAGCUGCCCGCCGACCUCCGCCGUGCACUGCAUGAGUCCCUCGCGGCUUUCCACGAGGAGUGGACCAAGAAGCUGGAAGCGGACCGCAAGAUCGAGGAGGCCAAAACCAGCCUGUUCCGCUUCAAGGGCAGCCUGGAGGAUCAGGAGGAGUUUGACCAGGAAGAAUUCGACCAGCUGUUCCCCGAUUAUAACCCCGACGAUGACGACGAUGAGGAGAAUGGCGGGGCAAAGAACAAGAAGAAGCCCCGCCGCGGUGGACGCGAGCUCUCCGUCAUGCUGGCCGAGGCGCACGAGAAGAUCUUCCUCUCGGCCCAGGAAGCGCACCAGAGCAUCAAGGGCCUGUGCAUGCAGGUCGCUCGCCGGGUCGCCCGGGACAGUGCCGCUGCGGAGCCCGAGCUGGACCGCAUGCUUCUUCCGGCGACCAUGCUCGUGUUUGACGAGCAGAUCAAGGCCUUCAGCGCCAGCGUCGACGCGUCCCGCUACAACUUCUACACGGACGCCAACCUCGCCGAGGUCCGCAAGGUGCUGGGCCUGGUCAACGCCAUCAAGAAGCGCUUUUUGGAGUUGCAGGGCAUCGACGAGAUCGGCCACCACCAGACGCUGGCCGACGUGGUCCUGGCGUGCGACCGGGUGCUGGAUAUGGCCAUCGACGACCCGCUGGCUAAGCUCAUCACGGCCGUCGAGCGCCUGCACGCGCACGUCUACGAGUGGCACGAGGGCGGGUGGGCCACAAGCGCGCACAAGGCGACGGUACUGUACGAGAAGCUGCGCGACACCAUCUGCGACUGGCGCCGGCUCGAGUUGGGUAGUUGGUCAAGGCUGCUCGACGCCGAGGCUAAGCAGCACUACGACAAUGCCAGGUCCUGGUGGUUCAUUGCGUAUGGCGCCGUGAUCCUCGAGCCGUGCGCCAUCCUGCAGCAGGGUCUGAACCUCAAGGACCACGCCGUCAAGCUGUUGGGCAUCCUGGAGUCGUACUUCACCGGCGCCAGCGUGGGCCAGUUUGCCGCGCGCCUGGAUCUUCUGCGCCAGCUCAAGAACCAACUAGACCUUCUAGUGCUGGAUGAGCCCGCCCUGGGUCUGGUCCGCGAUGCCGUGCAGAAUUUAAUUCUGUUCUACAGCCGGUACGAGCGCAAGGUCGCCGAGACCAUCCGGACCGGCAGGGCGCCGCUGGACAGGAGCAUGAAGGACGUGCUGCUGAUGUACAAGUGGCGCGACAAGAACAUCGACGCCCUGCGCGAGAGCGCGCGCAAGUCCCACCAGAAGCUGUUCAAGCUGGUGCGCAAGUUCCGCGCCGUGCUGGAGCAGCCUGUUCGGGGCAUUACGGAGCAGGGCUUGCCUGACGAGGAGCACUCUACCACUAGCAAUGACAGCAUCAUCGGUGUGAAGCCUGUCGACGCGGCAGUUGAUCAAGGCGCAAUCGCCCUGUGCCAGCAAGCACUCCCCGGCAUCGAGAGCAGUCCCCACUGGGGCAGGAUAUCCUCGAACCUGCCCGCCGUGCUGAAAGCCAUGUCCAAGCACGGCUCCAUCCCAUCCAGCACCCUCAAUGCCGCCGAGACGCUAGACAACUACAUCACCGAUCUCGUGUCUUCCAUCUCGGCCCUGCGCAAGGAAACGCCCGGCACGCUAACCGACGAGAACAAAGACCUGGUCCGCCACCUCAAGACCCGCAAGGUCGCUCUCUACAGCGACACGCUCAAGACCCUCCGAGCCAUGGGAUUCAGUCGCAACCUGGGGACCAACCUCCUCGCGCGGCAGAACUCGACCGCCAGCGUCCUCGUCAACUCUGGUAUGCUAUUAUUGGCAGAACUAGGAGAUGUGGGUGCGAUCGAGUACUUCUUCCACAAAACGCUGGACCUCGCGCCCCGCGUCCGCCACGCCGCGCUCGAGCACUCGGAGGAUCUCAACAGGGAAGUUGUGCACAGGAGUAUUGGCUUCCUCGAGGGGGUGCUGCACGUCAUGCUUGCGCAGCGGCAUUUCCUGGCUGGGCAGGCGGCCGAGGUGGGAAGGCUUCGGGCCGUGGUACAUCUUUCCAAGACGGUCGGCGAGUCCGUGGGAAGCGCCUCUUCCUCGUUGGUGGGGGGGAAUCAUGCGCAGGUUGUUCGCUGGCUCGUGCAGAUUCUCAGGCUUGGUGCGGAGCUGGUGGAGGUGCAUUCCAAGCUUGCCGGGGUCGAGAAUAAUAAUAAUAAUAAUAAUGGGGGGGAGAAGAGCAUGCUCGAAGGGUGGGCGGAUGUCUUUGCCAGGCUGGAGACGGAGCACGAGAGACUGCCCCGUCUUCCUGAAGGGCUUGGCUCGGCGCGUGGUGAGGAGUGGGAGAGGGAUGUGGAAAAGGGCGUCGAUGCCCUGAGGAUCGGGCUCGACGAGAUGGCGAGCAGACGGUCGGACCUGGCCUUUGCGCUGCGCCAGGUUGGGCUGUGGGCGAAUAUUCGGAACAAGACCGAGCUUGUUGCCAACGGAAACCGGUUGGUUGGUGACGGCGAUGUCAGCGCCUUCGCCUCGCCAGCCCUGGCCCUCUCCAGCAAGAUCCUCGUCGCGCUGCAGCACUUCCACGCGGCGGCGCAGUCCCUCCCGCAGACGGCAGAAGACGCCGGCUGGCUGCUCACCUACGGGGGCGGCCUCCAGAAAUCCAUCGACGCCCUCCGCACGGCCAGGAUCGUCGGCGAAGUUGAAUCCCUCCUCCAGCAGCUCAAGCCCCUUCAGUCUUCUCCCGCGGCGUCCGCCCUCCUCCGACUGCUGCACCCCUUCCUUGCGCAGUACAGCGCCGUCUGCUCGCACCACCUCGUCCGCUUCGCCGCCCUGCAUCGCGCCACCUGCCGCCUGGGCUACCACCUGGCCGCGUCGUUCGUGCAGAUUUCCAGUCAGGGGUUCUGCGGCCCGCAAGAGAAGAACGAGGAGCAGGCGGGCGGGGCAGAGCCGGGGGGAAAGCUGGAGAGCGGCACGGGCCUGGGCGAGGGGGAGGGCGCCGAGGAUAUCAGCAAGGAUAUUGCGCCCGACGAGGACCUCUCUGAGUUGGCGCAGGAUCCGCAGAAUAAUAAUAGGAAGAAGGGGGAUGAUAAGAUUGAGGAGAAUAAAGAUGCUGUGGAUAUGGGUGAGGAUGAGUUGGAGGGGGAGUUGGGGAGCGUUGCAGGGGAUGAGGAGGAGGAGGAGGAUAAUAAAAAGGAUAAGGAUGGGGAUGGUGAUGAGGAAGAGGAGGAGAAUGAGAUGGAUGAGCAGGCUGGCGACGUGGAUGACCUCGAUCCGACGGCGGUGGACGAGAAGAUGUGGGAUGGCAGUGAGGAGGAGGAGGCGGAGAAGGAUCAGCUGGGCGAUGAUAACGAAAAGGGGAGGAAGGACGAUGAUCAGAGCGCUGCGGCGGAGGGGCAGAAUAAAAAGGAGCAGCAGCGGAAGAAGGAACGGGAGGAUGAUGAUGAGGAGGAGGAGGGGAAUGCCCCGCCCGAGGGCGAGGAGGAUGCUGAUGCGGACGACAUGGAGGCCGGCCAGGAAGAGGAGGGCAUGCCGCAGGGAGAGCUGAAUCGGCAGGACCAGAAUGUGCAGGAGAAUGACACGCUGGCGCUGCCGGAGGAUAUGGAGAUUGAGAUUGGUGAUGGGGAAGGGGAGGAGAGCGGGGAGGAUGAUGAGGAUGAUGACCUCGAUGCCUUGUCGGAUGUGGAGAAGAACGAGGAGAAGCAGCCUCCUGACGCGGCCGAAGAGAUGUGCGAGGGCGGGGAUGGCGAAGAAACUCGCGAGGAAGAGGAACACCAGAAAGACGAAAACAUUCCUGAGGAGGAGGCCGAACAGGAAGACGAGAUCGAUGCGGCCGGCGACAGAGAGGAGGAGAUGGAUUUGGAUACUAUGGAGGAGGAAGAGGAGGAGGAGCAGGGCGAAGAGGGCAGAGACGAGGAGAAGGACGAGAAGAAGAAGCCGCUGCCCGAUGACGGAACCGGGGCAAACCAGGACGACGCCGCGCCCAGCGAUGUCCAGAACGGAGGCGGCCAGGCCGAAGACGCCAACAUGCAGGACGACGAGGCCGACAACAAGGCUGCGCAGAGAGAGCAGGGCGCGCUCGGCAAGCAGGCGUCCGACGAGGACAAGGCGCCCGGCAGCAAGGGGGCCCUCUCGAAUCUCGACCAAGAGCAGGGCCCGUCCGACGAACCCGAAAAGGCCGACUCGAACGACGCGCAGCCGUUCAAAAAGCUUGGCGAUGCACUCGAGCGCUGGUACCGGAACCAGCGCGACAUCCAGGCUGCCUCGGAGAGCCAAGAGAAGGCGGACAAGUCGGCUGAGGACAUGGCUCGCGCCGAGUUCCAGCAUCUCCAGGACGAAAAUGCCGAAGCGGAUGCCCAGGCCCUGGGAACCGCCACCAACGAGGAGGCCCGGCCGAUGGACGACGCCAUGGCCGUCGACACCGAGAUGGACGAGGGCGCAAACCAGGUCUUGCCGCAGGAGGAUGAGCAGGAAGACGAGGGUCAAGUCGACGUGGAGAUGGACGACGCCGAGCCCGCCGAGCCCCAGGAUGCUGCCAAGAACGAGGAUCGCGAGGACGGCCGGUCUGGCGUCGCUACGCGCAGGGGAGCCUACGAGACGGAUGACGACAAGGACGAAGCGCCCCGGACCGAGGCUGCCCCCGAGGAUGCUGCCGACGACGAAGAAGUCCAGGAGACGUCGACGCAGCUGCUGGCGACGCACAUCACGGAGCAGCAGGACGACGACGGCGCCCGGCCGCUGCGCGACUACUCGGAAUCACUCGAGCUGUGGACGACCUUCCAGACCAAGACGCAGGCGCUCUCGCAGUCGCUGUCCUCGCAGCUGCGCCUCAUCCUGACCCCGACCCAAUCCACCAAGCUCUCGGGCGCCUUCCGCACGGGAAAGCGCCUCAAUAUCAAGAAGAUCAUCCCCUACAUCGCGUCCAGCUACAAGCGCGACAAGAUCUGGAUGCGCCGCGCCAUCCCCUCCAAACGUGCCUACCAGAUUUUGUUAUGUGUCGACGACAGCUCGUCCAUGUCACCACCCGAUACUGCUGCUACUACUACUACUAGUACUAGCAAGUCUGCUUCCUCGUCAGCCGGCCGCCUGGCCCUCGAAUCCCUCGUCAUGGUCGCCCGCGCCCUGACCGUGCUCGAGGCCGGGCAGGUGGGCGUGCUCGGCUUCGGGACCGACGUCUUUGUCGCGCACGCGCUGACCGACCCGCCCUUCACCUCGCACGACACGGGCGCCCGCGUGCUGCAGCAGUUCACCUUCCGCCAGGACGGCACCGACAUGGUGCGGCUGCUGCGGACCACCAUCGACCACUUCCGCGAGGCGCGCAUGCUGCAAUCCUUUGGUGGUGGUGGGAGCGAAGAUCUGUGGCAGCUCGCCCUGAUCCUGUCGGACGGCCUGGUGCAGAGCAAAGACCAUGCCCGGCUCCGGCCACUGCUGCGCGAGGCGAUGGAGCAGCGCGUCAUGGUCGUGUUCAUCGUCAUGGACGACGCUCGCGGCGGCAGCGGGACAAUAGGCAAGGGACAUAGUACUAGCGUGCUGGAGCUCAAGGAGGCGAGGUUCGGCCCGGAUGGCGUGCCCGUCAUUCAUAGGUAUCUGGACUCGUUCCCGUUUCCGUAUUACCUGAUUGUGCACCACCUCGAGGAUCUGCCGGGCGCGCUGGCGGCGCUGUUGCGGACUUGGUUUGCUGAGGUCAACUCGUAGUGCAAUUUUUUUUUUUUUUGUUAGGGGGAUGUCGGUUAGGUAGUUAGACUUGAUUUCUGUUUGUUUUCCUAGUUAAGUAUGUUGUGUUCUGUUAUGUUGGGCUGGGGCUGGCUGGUUGCAUUUUGGAGUUCCAUACGGAAAAGUAUAGACUAGUGAAGUUUAGGAGCUAUGACAAGAUGUUAUUAUUACCAGUAUGGAUACA